GCUAAAUAAAGCCUUGGCUGUGUUUUCAUCAAGUAAUUGUGUAAAUAACAGCUCGCUGCUACUAUAGUUGCAGCCUUUUUGGGCUCGAAACAUAUUGCUUUGUGGAAAAUUCCAAAUUUUGAUCUGAGUAUCCCAAAGGCACCUUCUACAACUGAUCUAGCACGUGAUAAUCGAUAAUUGAAUGUUUUUCGCUCAUUAUUGCACGCAUUCUGUGGGUAGGGCUUCAUUAAAUGUUUUCCGAGCGCAAAAGCUUCAUCUGAUAUGAAAACGUAAGGAAAUGGUUCUUCUAUAUUUGGCAGAGGCGCUGGAUCUGGUAUAUUUAAGUCACUUCUUUGAUACAGCUCCCAGAAUUUAGUAUAGAAUAGUACCCCACCAUCGGAUAUUCGGCCAUUAGCACCAACAUCUAUCAUGAUAAAUUGUUUCUUGGAGUUAACUAACGCCAUGAGAACUAUGCUGAAAUGACCUUUGUAGUUGCGGUAUAAUGCUCCAGAAUGUGCCGGUUUUUGAACUGCAACGUGCUUGCCGUCCAAAGCCCCUAAGCAGUUCCAAAACUGAUAUGUUUCCCCAAAAUCAGAAGCAAUCUCUUUCCAAUCUUCCUCUGUCAUUGGCAUCUGCAAAAUUAAAUGUAUACUGUUUUUUUAAGAUUCUCGAUACUGAUGGAGAUGAUAAUGCAGAUGGACCUAGUCCAGACCUAACACAACCACAAGAACAGGAGAGAAUGGAAUCGCAAAGAAGCGUUUCAUCCAUUUCCUCUGCAAACACAGUGAUGCCGCCACCGCCUGCGAAGAAAGCGAAGAAAACCAUGCUUGCAAAGCAAAAUGAGUUAUUAGAUCGGGCAUGUGCAUAUUUAUCUGAACCCAACAGUAGCAGUAGUGGUGCUAACUCACUUGCAUGUCAUUGGGCAGAAACUUUAGACCGACUUGAUCCAACUCAAAGAUUGUAUGCUAAAAAGGCAAUCAACGAUGUGCUAUUUGAAGCGGAAUUAGGAAAUUUACAUAGACAUGCGGUUCAAAUUAAUACAGCCACAUAUAUGCCUUAUUUGCGCUCACCUCGGAUAUCUCAGCAUUCACCUCAGCCUUCUCCCCACUCAUCUCAACCAUCACCCCCACCUCCACAUUCACCUCAAUCAUCUCCGUACUCACCUCAACCUUCUCCGGACUCAUCUCAACCAUCACUAUUUACUGACUUUACAGGAAAUUAGUAAAUAAUUGCAUUAUGUUACUUUUUGGUUGAGAUACUUUUCUCGUUUUGUACCCAC